AUGUCCGCCGUCGCGCCCGCCGCGACGCCUCCUCCCGCCGUCAGCGGCGUGAGCGAGGGCCGAGCGAAGAGGAAGAUUUCAAAGCCAAACAGAUUCACCUCUCCCCCGCCGGCGAAGCGCGCCAGGCCCAACCCGCCCGCGGCAGGCUCCAAGCCCGCCGCUGCCGCGAAGAAGUCUGUCGCGAGUAGAUCUUCCAAGGCCGGCAGGUCCAAACCCCCGGCGGUUCCCGCGCCGAGGCCCGCGGCCAGGGGGAAGAGGCCGGAUGCCUCAGCCCCUCUCAGCGCCAUCGCCCUCGCCGCGCUGAGCUCUCCGGGCGCCGCGGCGCUCAUCGGCCAAUCCCCGGUACCCGAAUCCGCCGUCGUGGAGGCCAUGGCCGCCGCCGCCGCCGCGAGGGAGAUUACCUCCCCGGGAUCCGGCGCGCUCGCGGGUCUCGCCAUGCUCCUCGAGGCCACCGAGGAGAGCCCGACGCUGGCGCGGGAUCUGGGCGUGGCGGCGAACAUGCUCCCCAAGGGAUCCCGCCCCAGGCAGAACCCCGCGGCAUCGCCCCUCAGGCCCGUCAACCUCAACGUGGCGGGCGGCGACGACGGAAACCGACGGCACCCGAUGGCACCCGACGCGCCCGCGCCCGACGCGCCCAGAUCCGGCUGGGGCGACGGCAAGCGCCGGCGCACCGGCGGCGGCAAGGCCAAGACGGCCGAGGACGAGGGCGCGGCUCCAUCGCGGGCGGCGAGGACGAACAAGUCGGACCCGGUCGUGGAGGCGCUGGCGGCGGAGAGGGCCAGGGAUCAAACGGCCAGAAACAAACGGCCAGAAAUGGCCAAGGAGUUCGACGCGACGGUUCACGCGGUUGCGACGACGCAGCCGCGCGCCGUGCUCGGUCACGCGCUGUCGUGGCUCAACCUCCUCGUGGGCGAUCUCAAGGGGAGGAGCGCCGCGCUGAGGCGGAGCAGGCGGCGGCUGCAGAAGGUGCGAGGGGAGGCGACGGAGAGGGCGGAGGCGGCGCGGAGUGAACGGGGCGUCCCCGCGGCGAAGGACGAGCCGCCGCUCCUCGAGGAGAAGGAGGCGGGUCUGCUCAAAGAUCUCGAACGAGCGCUCGCGGUGGAGGACAAGCACCUCACCGCGCUGCUGAAGCAGGCGAUGCAGGCGCAGGGCGUGGCGAGGGGGAGCGACGCGGGCGGGAAGGGUGAGGAGGGUGGAUCGUCGUCUCGGGUUGGCGGCAGCAAGGGGAGCGAAAAGAAAAAGUCAAAGCCCGGGAAGGCUAAGGACGUCGCGGCAAAGGGGGUGGCGCCUGCCAUCCUGGGCGCUCCCCCCGAGCAUGACGACCCGAAGCUGAUGACCGACUACUUCGCGAACGCCAUGAUCACGUCCGCGGCGGCGUUCCUCAGCACGGGGCUCAACGUGGCGGUGGCUGACGGCGACGGGGACGGGAAGGCGGCGGCGGCGGUUGCGUGCCCGGCCGGGUUGGUUCCCACCCCUCACAUCGCCGCCGCGUGA